AUGUUAAACCACGUCUCUGUCGCACUUAUAAAAAUGAGUCACCCUAAGUCAUAUGAAGUGGACAUGCCACAAGAAAGGGUGGAAAAAAUGCAAUUAGCCAAUGUAGAAGAUCGACAUGAUGUGCCAAUUGCAGCGGACUACACAGAACAAUUUACCACAGACAGGGUUUUUGCUACUCAGGAUGAGCUUUUGGAUUGGGCUAAGAAUGUAGGAAAGCAACUAGACUUUGUGAUCAUUAUUAGAAGGUCUGAUUGUGGAAGCAAGGGUCGUGGGAGUAAAGGCAGACAAUUGGCUAUUUUGGUGUGCGAGAUGAGCGGCAAGUACAAACCGUACAAGCCGGUGUUGAUGCGGAAGGGGACAGGAACCAAGAAAUGUGAUUGUCCGUUCAUGCUCAAGGCGAGAUACACAUCAGAAGAUGGUUUGUGGAGGUUGACUGUAGUAUGUGGAGACCACAAGCAUGCGCCAGCCGAGACUCUGGUUGGCCAUGCCUAUGCCGGUUACCUUACAAGUCAAGAAAAGGAUAUGGUGGGUAAAAUGGUUGACAAUAAAGUCAAGCCAGGUAACAUGUUGCUGGCAUUGAAGGAUGUCAACCCUCAGAAUCUGACUACCAUAAGGCAAGUGUACAAUGAGCGGAUGACACACAUUAGGGCCAAGAGGGGACAAUUGUCAGAGAUGCAGCACUUGAUGAUGUUGUUGGAGGAAGACAAUACAUACAAGACCAACAAGUAUAAGAUACCAUUGCUGGAGAUGGUUGGUAUGACAUCAGUUGGAUUCACAUACACCAUCGGUUUUGGCUACAUGUGCAAUGAGCGUGAACUUGAAGUUACAUGGGAACUUAAAAAACUAAGGGGGUUGCAACUUAGGGAGAAGGACAUGCCUAAAGUCAUGGUUACUGACAAAGACACUGCUUUGAUGAACGCAGUUACAGCCACAUUCCCUACAUCAGCUCACUUGCUAUGCCAAUUCCAUAUUGCUAAGUGUGUGAAGGCAAAGUGCAAGCUCCCUAUCGAAGACAAGGAGAUGUGGGAUGAUGUCGGGGACGCAUGGAAUAGAGUCAUGUAUGCCGAGUCAGCGGAGGAUUUUAAUGCGAGCAUGGACUUCUUACGUUCACUUGUUGGGGAGCACUCUGAUCUCAUGCAUUACAUUAAGGAAACUUGGUUGCCGUUUAAGCACAAGUUUGUGAAGUAUGCGAUUGACCGAUAUAUGCACAUGGGUAACACAACUACAAACAGAUACAUUCUUAGACACUGA